GUUAAAAAUAGAUACGAAAACAAACGCCGGUUACUUUCGACCUAUUUAAAUAAUUUGUUUUCGUUACCGCAAGUGACCUCUGAAUCUGCGAAAGAGCUCCGCAGUUUACGCGAUCAGUUAAACGUUUCGAUACACGGUUUGAAAAAUUUGAAACGACCCGUCGAACAUUGGGACGACGUAAUUGUUUUCCUCGGUACACAAAAACUUGACCGUUCCUCCCGAAAGGCGUGGGAGUUACAAUUCGGUGAUACAUCAGAAUUGUCUACUUAUGUCGAAUUCGACAAGUUUUUGGAGUCUCGAGUUCGGGCUUUAGAGUCAAUGUCGCCAAUAAAAACUGAUAAACCGGAAAACGUAACUGUUAAAUCAAAACCGAAAACAAUUUCAACGAACACGUCUACCGUGUCGCCAAUUAUAUGUCCUGUAUGUAAACAGAACCACUUGUUAUAUCAAUGUCAAACAUUUCAGGCGCUUGAGCCAUCCGAACGGUUUAAAUUAAUUAAAUCCCAACGAAGAUGCGUUAAUUGUUUUUCCGCGAAGCAUGCGAAAGAACAAUGCCACAGUCAAAGAAGCUGUAAAGAAUGUAAACAGCGACAUCACACUCUGUUGCAUUUUCCGAUAAAACCGGAGCAGUCCAGCCUCGCAUCCGAGUGCACUCAUUGCAGGGUCGAACAGUACAAGCACGCGCAUUAUUGGAUCAAGGGUCAGUCGCAACUCUAAUAUCAGAGAACCUAGCCCAAAUUUUGCGACUCCCGAGAAACAAACAAAAUACAUGCAUAACCGGAAUAGGAGGAAUACAGUCGUGGGCUAAUCACACCGCUCGCAUCACGAUUACUCCGUUGGUAAGAACCGAGCCUGUAUACUCGACAACUGCUAUUAUUUUGAAAACUUUAACACAAUACACUCCAAAACGACAUUCUUCCGUAACUAAUUGGAAUCAUAUUGCAGGACUUGAAUUGGCCGAUA